AUGCACGCUGCGGCAAAUAAGGAAUUUAUAAUAAUUGAAAGAUUUCAACUGUAUGUCUAAGCCACCAAGUCCUUUUAUCUUUUCUUUUGUAACAGAAGUUUUGGAAUCCUAUAUCAAAAAAAGCAAGCAAAAGCUCAGGAAAAGCGAGGAUUGAUUCGGAAAGUAGAUCAAGACGAGUAAGAAGAAGAUUCACAAAAAGGGCAGUUUGGUUGAAGCACAAACAUGUCGGAGGCCCUCCUCUUGUCGGUGAUACAGGAGCUGGACGAUUAUCUAGAGAACAAUCCCCCCAGAGGAAAAGAACAUUUAUAUCAGAUAUGGGCUAAUCGGGAAAUGGAAAGAGUAAUUAAAGAGAUGAGAGAGAUUGUGGAUAUUGUGAGGGAUAAGAAAUUGGAAGAGGGGAGAAUCCUCAAUUUUUUUUUAUCUGACCUCAUUUACAUGGCUAACUAUAUUCUCUUCCUUUCCAAAUAUAACCGUUAUAUUUACUAUAAGUCCAUCCUUAGUUGGAUUGGAGAGAUCAAGAAGCAGAUGCUGAAACUGGGAGAUGAUGAGUCCAACAUGAGAUCAUCAGAAAAUGUUGAUGAUGAUGUAGAUGUUGUGGGCUUCAAGGAAGAAGUGGAAAUGCUGAUUCAUACAAGGAUUAUUGGGAAAGCAUUAGAAAGUAAGAAAUCUAUGUUCAAGACUGUUGUUAUCAAAGGGAUGUCUGGUAGUGGAAAGACAACUCUUGCGAGAGAGAUAUACAACCAUCCAACCGUCAAGAAGCACUUCGAGCGCCGCGCUUGGGUAUCUAAUUCUACUCACAUCACUCUUAAAGAACUAUUUAUCAAACUAAUACAACAGGUAAAAGAUUAUCCUAAGAAUCGUUAUACAUCUACGUCAUUGGAGAAUAUGAGCACCCAGAGGCUCCAAGGUAUGGUUUGCCAACUCCUGCAAGGAAAGCGAUAUUUGAUAGUUCUCGAUGACGUGCCCAAACAAAUGCACUUGAAGUCAUUCUUGAAUGCUCUUCCAAAAGAAAGUAUGUAUAUAUGAUCAUCUUUCCACUUAUGAUCUAGUCGUGUUGCGCUAACUUAGAUUUUAACUUAAGCGCUGCUUCAAAAUUUUAAGUUUUAGGGUGCGUUUACUAUGGCUGAAUCCUUCUGAUUGUUCCUUUUUGUAUUGUUCUUAUGUAAGCAGUCCAGGCAAGUAGAUGCUUGUUCACAAGUCACAUGAGGCAUAUAUAUGGACAUAGAUGUACGUGAUGAAGAUGUUCAUGAGAUGAAACCUUUGGAUUCUAAUAAGAGCUGGCAGUUGUUUUUGAAAACAAUAAACCAUGGCAAUAAAUUGACGGGUGACCACAAAUUCCCAAUGAACUUGGAGCAUAUGGGAAAACAGAUGUUGAGAAAAUGUGGCGGUCUGCCAUUAGCUAUAAAAGAGGUGGGAAAGCAGUUAGCAGAAAAGAAAGUCUCAGGAGGGAGUGAAUGGGAACAACUUCUUGAAUCAGUUGAUUUUGGUUCAACAUUGAAGUUAUUGGAACCAUUUUAUCAAAAAUUGGAUCCCCAAUUGGAGUCAUGUUUCCUGUAUAUGUCCUUGUUUAAGGAAAGUACAACUUUGAGGGCGGGAAGGUUGAGAGAGAUUUGGCAUGCAGCAGGAGUGGUUUCAAGAUCUAACUAUGAACCAUAUAUAAAUGGUUUAAUCGAUGAAUCUUUUAUCGAAGUCGGGGACAAGGGCACGGAGUAUCACAUGAAUCCUCUGCUACACAUGCUAUCCAUCCUAAAAGCAGAGGAGAAACUAGGUUUUGAGAUCCUAAGGAAAAAUGGAAAUAAUCGACCAUCUGAGAGUCCUCGUCAUCAUCGUGUUAUCAUUUGUAGCAGAGACAAGUUCAACUACUCCACAGAUCAAGAUAAACAUCUUGUUUCCCUCUUCUUCCAUGGAGGUGGCUACAUCGACACUAGUUCGUCUUAUUGGAAGAGCUUUGAACUGCUUAAGAUACUUGACUUGGAAGAUUUUGGGUUGAAGAUUUUACCGGAGAGUAUCGACAAAUUGAUGGAAUUAAGAUACUUGGGGUCUAGAAAUAAUUACAUAAAAGAGCUUCCAUAGUCGUUGGGGUGCUUGAAAAAGCUUGAGGUUCUUGACGUAGCUCAAAACUUUAUGGUGGCGGUGCCAGAUAUUAUAUGGGAAAUGUGUAGCCUUCGCCACAUCUACAUGUCUGAUGUGAUUUGCCGAAAGCCUUUGAAGAUAGACGCGCUACAGUUCCUAGAGACCUUAACCUAUGUCUCGAUUGAUAACUGGAAAUAUGAGCUAUCGGGCUUAAAAAUGUUGACUCUUCUUAAGAAAUUGGGCAUAGAGGAAUUGGAUGGAAACUCAGAUGCACGCAAGCUUUUUGUGUCAUUGGCUGAAUUAAAAGAUCUUAGCCACCUGAUCUUAAGAGGGUAUCGUUUCCGAAGCAUGCCUUGUUUGGAUGAGCUUGGUAGUCUACACAGUCUCAAAACACUUAAAUUGGAUGGACUCCUUGGCAGGCUUCCAACAAGUUUCCCUCCAAAUAUAGAAUCAUUGACGUUGGUUAAUAGCUGUCUUGAUGAAGACCCCAUGCCACUACUAGCCACGAAGUUACCCAAGCUAGAGUACCUGAAAUUGCGGAAUGCAUACACUGGUCAACAAAUGGUGAUCUUGAACAAGAGCUUCCCUCAUCUCAAAGUCAUGUGCAUCGAAGAGUUGUGGAAUCUGAGGAAUGUACAAUGUGGAGAACGUGCAAUCUUUCGGCUCAAGAAAUUGGAAAUCCAUGAUUGUCCAUAUCUGGAUACCCUCCCAAAUUCGUUGUUUCUAUCUCUGAAGAAGUUAAUGAUGGUGACAACCAAAAGCAUUGCAACAAAGAUCAGGAAUUCAGAGUACUUAAUCUCUAAAAUAGCGAUUGUGAACAUCAAUACAUGAGCUAGCAGAGUUGUUUGCAUUAUUGUUACGUACGUUUUCCCUGUUGGCGUUAAUAUGGAUAGUUUCUAGCUACAUUAUCUUCCUUGAUUUCCUCCUCGCUGGUUGUGUAUUUGUUGGGAUAUAUUGCUCAAGUUACGGCAGACAAUAUUAUUCUUGUCUCUUAGAUUUCUAAGAGUUUGCAGUAUUUCUAUGUUUACAGUUGAAAAUGGUGUUUUUC